CCAUACUCAACUCCCAGUUUGAUAUGUUCACUUCACAUAAGUUAACAUUUUGAAAAGUGUAUUUUUGAUUGAGUACUUAUAACAGAAAUACCCAGUAAUGUGAUAAUGGAUAAUACAGGGAUUUUAAUGUCUCGCUCAGAGUCUAGUUAUGUAAAAACAGGCUGAUGCCUUAAAUAUGAUUUGUAAUGUAACUUCAAACUAAAUCAAAUCAAAUUUUAUUUGUCACACACACAUGGUUAGCAGAUGUUAAUGCGAGUGUAGCGAAAUGCUUGUGCUUCUAGUUCUGACAAUGCAGUGAUAACCAACAAGUAAUCUAACUAACAAUUCCAAAACUACUGUCUUAUACACAGUGUAAGGGGAUAAAGAAUAUGUACAUAAGGAUAUAUGAAUGAGUGAUGGUACAGAGCAGCAUACAGUAGAUGGUAUCGAGUACAGUAUAUACAUAUGAGAUGAGUAUGUAGACAAAGUAAACACAGUGGCAUAGUUAAAGUGGCUAGUGAUACAUGUAUUACAUAAGGAUGCAGUCGAUGAUGUAGAGUACAGUAUAUACGUAUACAUAUGAGAUGGAUAAUGUAGGGUAAGUAACAUUAUAUAAGGUAGCAUUGUUUAAAGUGGCUAGUGAUAUAUUCUAACUAUACUGAUGUCUUAGUCAUGGGGCAUGCCUUCAAAUUCUCAGACAUGUCUCAUGUAAUGACUUCAGGCCAGUGUGUUCUGCAGCCUUGCCCAUGUGUGACUGCCCACCCUGUCAGGUGAUUUCUCUCAGCAGACAGACGGAAAGAGAGACACGGAGAAGUAGGCUAGAGUAGAUAAAUUCACAGCAGUUUGGAGCUCCUUGGGAUAUGAUUUUCUCUCCCAGGUUUUUUAAAAACAAAAUGAGAACAGAAAAGUCCUACUCAUGAGGAUGUUGUGGGAUGGGGUUGAGUUUGCUUUGAGUGGAAUUUUGUGUAAAUAACUUGACUGACUGUACCAGAUCUACUUCCAGUUUGAUCUGGCAAAGUUCCCCCUGCAUGUCUCAAAGGGCCCCAUCCCGGAUAUCUCCUACAAUUUAGUAAACGGGAUCCCAUCUUCCCCCACUUCAUACUUAUUAUGCACUUCAAGGAAAUAAUACAUUUGCAACUCUAUAUCUGUAAAAAAUUAUAAUAGAACUGAUUUUUCUUGCAUGGCAAUGAAUGGUAAAGAAUGUGGUUCCUUGUCAAAAAUGUAUACAUUUAGCUUACAGUUCCAUAAAUACAGCUUGUGUAAUUAUCUCCUAAGGGAGUAAUAGAAGCCUCUGCUUCCCUUAGGGUAAACUUUGUUAUUGCAAGGGAAGGUUCUUUACCAUGAGAGUGCUCUGUGGUCAUAGAGCAAGAAUAUGAGGGCUGGGAUUUGACACUCAACACACCUGAACCCCUAUUUAACCAUUGUCUGACAGGGAAAUAUAUAGAAAAUUGUGAAACAUGACAAUAGUGUCAGUUGAUAGUAGUGGUACAUUCAGACUAAUUAUGUAAAUGGAUGAACACUGGUGCCUAGUAGUUAUUGUACUACAGUCAUAAUGGUUGAUGUUCAGGACUUGUCUCUACAUGUCCAUAGAGCUUUGCCCAGACAUGUACUAGAUCAGGAAAAUAGGAAGGCUUUGUGAAUCACUGUCUGAUGGCUGUUAAAUACAAGUGCAGCGUUCUCAAUACACAGUCCAGUUCCUCAGUUACACAUAUGAAGUAAGUUACAAUUUUGAGAGAGUUUUACUUGUGCAUAAAUGAACCAGAACAACCAUGGCCAGUCGUAAGCGCAUCCUGAGCUCUCUGGGGAAAAGUCCUGCCAGGCAGAACCUAUUUGGCCCAGUUGACCGUGAGCAGCUGCAGCAGGAGUACCAGGACACCCUGCGCAGACACCUGGAGGACGCCUGUCGCCGCUGGGGCUUCGACUUCCUGUCAGAUAAGCCUCUGGCUGGGGGAGACUUCCAGUGGGAAGAGGUACCGGGCACCAAGGUGCCUCUCCUCUACCUGCCCUGCCUGUUGAGUCAGGGGGAGGCACAGAAGAUCAGAGGGCCGGCAGCAUCCACAGGGAGGGUCAGGGCGGGGCCAUGGCACCGUGGUAAGGAAAACAUCCCUUGCACCCCUGAGAAGUACAGAGCCAACCUCCAGAACCUGGAGAAACCGCAAGACAAGAACGAGAACAAACUGAAGAGAAAACAGACCAACCUCACAGAUUUCUACCAAGCCAAGAAGAGAGUGGUGGGUACGUCGCUUAAGUCAGGCCGGUGAUUUCAGAGACACAGUCACAGCUGCCAGGGAGCCAACAGUCGGACAAAACCACAGCAAGCACUACUUCUCUCAGGAACCCACACGCCGAAUAGACUGAGUACAUACAGUACACUUACCAGGAGGAAUACAUAACCAGUCCUCUAAACAAACGCAGUGAAAAAUGAAACAACCUAUUUUAUUGCACCCAUUACCGAUGCAUACUGUUUUAUUUUUAUAUCCAUGUAGGUUAACCGAGUAACAAUUGAUUUCAAUGUAAGGGGGCUUGUGUUCUCCCUGUGGUAAGGGAGGGACAUUCUAAUGGUGCAUCCAUGACCAUUUGUGAGUCAUGAAAGAACAUCCUCUGCACCUUUAUGACCGUUUAGUGUAAGGAAGACUUGAAAAUCUACAUCUGGACAGUUAAGGUCCUGCAUUCCACAGCACUGAUAUAGACCAAUCGAAACCAUGCCUCUGGGUCUACGCAUAAAUCGUCUUGUUUUGAUGACAUGUUAAAAUUAUGAAACCAUACUGUUUAUGGUGCUGAGUUUGAAUCUACUGUAAUAUGGUGUCACAUUGAGAGGACGCAUGAAAGAAAUGACCACAACAACACAAGUCUUCAACAGUCUUUCCAGUUCAAAUAUCCAAAUGUAUGGAUUGAUGUUUUUUUUCAUUAUGCUGUGUCUCUCAUGAAGAGGGCCAGGAAUCAUGUUAUUGUCUGCCAUUUGCAAGCACUUCCUUUCCAAUGUAUGUAUUGUUGUACAUGAGAUUUCACUAUUUAAAUAUGUGUCUCAACAUG